AUGCCGAACAUCUACAAUCCGUUUGCAAGACGCGAGUCGCACGACAGGUCCGUGCUGACUACAUACCGAGUCAUUGCCCCUCUGUCGUACGCCGUGGUGUUGAUUGCGGGAAUUUACUAUUCUUCACGGCGGCCAAGCGAAGUUUCCAAUGGACAUACUAUUUGGGACAAUUUCUUGCGACGCAUCACGCCAUUUAGUGUUGAGCUGACUGUCACAGCAAUUUACUGGAUCCUAUUACUACUUGCCCAACUACACUAUAUUUUAUCCGGACUCGUUUUCUCCCGAGAUACAGCUCUGACUCACGCGGCGGCAAAUAUUGCGCCGUACUUCAUCCUUCAUAACCUCUUCGUCUUUGCUUGGAUCCUCCUUUGGACACGGAACCAUUUCUGGCCUGCAGAGGUCUUUGUAGGGGUGGAUUUUAUCCUCCAACACCUCGCCUUUUGGCGUUUCCGCGGCCUCACACCCCUCACCCACAUCUCCGUGAUUGCUGCUCCAUACGCCUGGGAUCUAAUCUUGCUUUUAUGGAACGGGUCCGCUGCAGCGCAUUCCUUCUCCCCCGCCGCGGAAAUCGCGGCAAAUAUCUUCAUCUGGGUAUUCUUCGUUAUCAGCGCUGCGUCAAUCUUCUUCACCGUCGAUGACCUUUUAGGGUAUUGUUUGAGUCUACUGAGUCUUGGGCUCGCUAUACAGCAGUAUACGCGCAAGCGUCUCCCACUCCAGUGGAUCUUUGCCUGGGUCAUAUUUGCAGUGCUCUUUGUUGAGACGAUCUAUAUCACUGCCACUAAAUAUUCGGGCCGGACAGUUUACUGGCGCCGCGGGGCUGAACCUGAAUCGACUGAUGCCGAGCGGGCGCCUCUGCUGAACGACUCCGCACCCGUGGCGGCCUCAUAG